GUGCCCGACCGAGUGAUGCUGGUUGAAGCUGAGCUGGACCUGGCCAUCACCGUGCUGGGGCUCCCUGCUGUGCCCAGGCUCACGGAGCUGCGCCAGCAGCCCCUGGCCUUCCUCACCCAGGCUCGGGAGGACCUGCGAGGCUGUGUGGCCAUGGAGGCUCCUUCUUAUCAUCCCUCUGGGAAACUGCGGCACUGGCUGCAGAGGCUGCAGAUGGCCAAGGAAACGGAGACUCCCGGCUGCCUGGAGGCCUCAGCCAUCCUUCACCUCUUCCAAGUGCUGAAUGACCUGCGGUGUGCAGCCCUCCGGGAGCAAUGCACUUAGUCCCUGCCGGUGGCAUGGCACAGCAUGGUACAGCACGGCGUGGCAUGGAAUGGUGCUCACCAGCCCCAAAGGAUGUCUGGAGGACUGGGAAGAACGAUCUUUACUGCAUCACUGGACUGUAAUUUCCUAUUUAAGCAUUUUUCUUAUUUAUGUGAUGAGCUCAGGGAGCAAUUCUUUUUCAUAGUCUGUUAAA